AUGGUGAUGCAUGCCGAUGCUGCACGCCAGCCCAUUCCGGGAACCGCAGACACCGAAUUCGAAUUCGAGUUCAAGAUUCCUACAAGGGACGGUUUCGAAAAUCCGGCGAGAGUUUUCAGACCACAGUCGCAGGUUCCAAAUCGACCAACAGUGAUUCUCAUUCAUGGGGGUGGCUUUACCAUUGGCCACCCAACCCAUGUAGGCCACUACGCCAGAGCCAUUGCAAAGCUGUUUGGAACAACCGUCAUCAGCAUCACCCACAGGUUCACCCCUCAAGUCAAGUUCCCAACGCCCUCAAACGAUGUUUGGGACUCUCUGGAGUGGAUACUGUCUGCAAACAACACAGCCAAUGCCCCAUUGGGUGAUGGUACCAAGUCGAGCUUCGUCAUUGGCGGGGUGUCCGCUGGUGCCAACCUGUCAGCGUUGACAGCCCAGAAAUGGGUCUCUGCAAAGAAAGUUCCUAAGCUGAUUGGAGUCUGGCUGGCUAUCCCUUGGGUUCUGGAGCCAGAAAUCUUGCCGGAGCAGCACGCUGAGCUAUGGCUCUCAAGACAGCAGAACACCGACACACUGAUUAUCAACGCGGAGACCUUACGUGUCACUCGUGCUGCCUAUCAGCCGGAUGUCUUAUCGCCCGACUUCUCUCCUUUCAACGACCACAAUAGACACAAAAACAUGCCACCGGUUUAUUUCCAAGUCUGCGGGCAAGACCCUCUGCGAGAUGACGGCAUCGUUUACGAGAAAGUGCUCAGAGAUCACGGAGUGUCGACAAAGAUUGACGUGUACCCCGGUGUUCCGCACGGGUUCGCAGAUUUGCUACCAGACUUCGAAUUGUCUAAGAAAUACUUGGUCGAUUCUGUGAAGGGAUUCGGAUGGCUCUUUGAUGUUGAGAUUACAGAUGCAGAGGUGGCGCAGGCUUUAGCACCAUCCUCUUGA